UGUUUCCUCUGUGAGUGCCGCAGAGUGAGGGGGGAGGGAGGAAGUGACAAGGAGGAGUAGUGAGAGCUGCACAUACUUGUGUGGGAUGCAGGAAAACUCUGUGCUGCUGGAACAUCAGCUCCAGAGCCUCUGUUUCCCUCCAUCCUUCCGUGGGCUGCUCUGCUGCAUCUGCCGCCACUUCUUGUGCCCAAGCCGGCUCUCCCCGUCCCAUCUUGGAUGAUUCCUGGAUGUCCCCCCCUCCCCUGAGGCAGCCUGGAGGAGACAGUGACAUCUGCUAGGAUGUGGGGGGCAGCAGGGGAGGCCCCUAUCCUGGAUGGUGUCCCACAUCUGUGCACCCCUCCCAAAGCUGAGUCCUCUAAACCUCACGCUGAGCAUGCUGGGGAAAUCACGCAGUAUGACCUCUCCCGCCUGCGCAGUUCCUCGGUGGAAAUUAGAGAGAAGGGCUCUGAAAUCUUGAGAGAAGAGUUGCAGAGAGCACAGAAGGAGCUGAAGCUGAGAGAUGAGGAGUGUGAGAAGUUGUCUAAAGUCAGAGAGCAGCUGGAACAGGAGCUAGAGGAGCUGACUGCCAGCCUGUUUGAGGAAGCACACAAGAUGGUGCGAGAAGCCAACACCAAACAGGUUGCGUCAGAGAAGCAGCUGCAAGAGGCUCUUGGGAAGAUUGACAUGCUGCAGGCUGAAGUCACGGCUCUAAAAACACUCGUCAUCACAUCAACUCCGUCGUCUCCAAACCGAGACCUACACCCCCAGCUCCUGAGUCCAUCCAGGAAUGCGCUACGCAAAGGCCAUGCUCGCAACAAGAGUGCAGGUUGUGCUGUGUCCCCGGCCCCACCAGCCCAGCCAACCACUAGUGAGAACAAAGAGUUCUCUGCAGUUCCUUCUCUCCUCUCACUACUUCUCUGUAUUGUCCCGGGGAAGGUCGUCCAUAUAACCUACGAACCAGGAUGGCCUGUUCCUGAUGACUCUUCUUCCUCCUUCUCCCGACAGGUGGACACUCUCCUUUACUCUGAGUUCCUGGCUUGGAAGGAGAGCCCAACGUUGGACAGAUACUGCCCGUUCCUUUCCCGUAUCUAUCAAGAAGAUGUUAAGCCAUGUUUGGAUUUUGCCAAAAGAGAGCUCUCAGAACAGGUUCUGACUGCCGUGGAAGGCAACAUGCUGUCAGUAGAACCAGUGGUACAACCGAUAUUGCCUGUUGUCAAAGCUUCUGCUGUGGAACGAGGGGGACCCAGCGGGUGUCGGGUGGAGGUUGUAACAAAAUGUGCACUCAGCGGCCUGUCUCGCUCCUGCCGCCAUCGCAUCAAUCUGGGGGAUUCUGGAAAUUAUUACUUCAUCUCUCCAUCCUGCCGGUACAGGAUAACAGCCGUGUGUAAUUUCUUCACCUACAUCCGUUAUAUAAAGCAGGGCCUAGUGCGCCAAGAUACGGAACUGAUAUUCUGGGAAAUCACGAGGCUUCGAAGGGAGAUGUCCAUGGCCAAAUUAGGUUUCUACGUCAAUGAGUCAUAGCAGUGCUGGUGGCUCCGCAAGGGCUAAUGGACAAUAUCCUAGAGAGUGAGUGUCGGCUGUGGGUCCAGAGAAUGUAACCAAGAGCACAGACCAGGGUUUUUAUGUUUUCCAAAACAGCCGUUAAAUCUAUUGAGGGUCAGUUCUCCAGGGUUAUUGCUAAACGUGAGGUUUCUUUAGUAUUAUAGGAGCCUGUGUAUAAAUGGGGUCUAGCGCAGACCACUGGUCAGAGUCAUGCAUAACAAGAAUGCAAGCACAUACUUGCUAUUGAACCCUAAUGUGCAUGUGUUACCCCUGUCCCCCCAUUUGUUUACAUUUCGAACAUCACCAGCUAUAUGAGAGUGAGUUGGCGCCUCAUCGUAGAGACCAAUCGCUGUUAUUUAUAAAAGCACCACUAGGGGGAGUAUAUACCUCCAGUAGAACACAGAGCUACUACCAAGAUAUGGGCCACCAACUAGAACAGAGAUGUCCGAACGGUGUCCUUCCCAUAUGAUAUUAAACUUUACAACUCCCAGCCUCACACUGGAAGACCGUGUAGGAAAUUCUGUCAGUGCAACUGGCCACUGUUUGCCUGUCUCUGAUCUAGAACAAGGGUUCCAGACCCAUAGCCCUUUAGCUGCUAUAUUUUAAAACUAAAGUGCCACGUCAAGCCUCAUGUAGAUACAACACACAGUUCACCUAUCAUCUCCUCCGUCUCCUGCUGUUUAUGGAUCCUUUUAACACUGUGACUUCCUUCCUCUCGCCCUGCACCUUGAUAUAGAAUUGUUAUUGCAAGUAAUGCAUUGUACAUCAUUGUACAUCAUUGUGGCAGUUCGGUUCCGUUGCCAACACUUAAGUGCUUCCAGCCCAGCCACCCUGUAUGGGGUAUUUAAACUGAGCCAAGUAAGACGUUAUUCACCAUUUUAUAUUCCAUUCUGUAAUCACUUUAGGAAUACAAAGUGCUUCACUUUUAUUCUAUUAAAUACUGGCAGCAGCAUCAUGUUCAGCUUCUGGAUCCAACAUAUCAUUCUAAUAAAUAACAUUUCCUUGGUGCAGCCUUAUAGCCUAUGUCUAUACUAUUCCUAGAGGAGAGUAUAUUGUAACACUUUAUAUAAACCUUUCCAUGCUCUUGCCUUGGGGCUUAUCAGUUCUAGGUGCCCCCACCAGGGUUAGGCAGCAACAGAAGAGUGGGGGAGAAUCUGAUUAUUGAUAAUGUGCCUCUCAAAGGGAUACUAACUUGCCAAAGAACGAUGGGUUCCCAGAUCACUACCCUGCCCAUGGUCUUAAUUCAUCUCAGAUGAAAGCUGCAGCACUUUGAGUAAUGCCCAGCCUUUUAGAAUCAAAUUAUCAAAUGUGGUGCAUCUGGCACACUCAACCAUACACUUUCUGCUGAGGUUAAUGUUGUGGAUUAUAUGCACCAGAUAUAUCAAUAAGCUUCCACCUUCUCUCUUACUUUCUCUUUAUCCUCCCCCCUCUGUAUAGACGUAGUAACUUGUAUCUGACUAUAGGCUCCUGCAGGUUAUACUAAAAAGUGCUGUUGCCAUUUAUGUCCAGCCUGGGGCCCUUAAAGGGAUACUGUCAUGGGAAAAAAAUGUUUUUUUUUUUCAAAAUGAUUAUUAGUUAAUUGUGCCGCUCUGGCAGAAUUCUGCACUGAAAUUCGUUUCUCAAAAGAGCAAACCGAU